AUGCCUUCUGUACAGCCUCAUAUCACCCACAUGCCUUCUGGACAGCCUCAUAUCACCCACGUGUCUUCUGUACAGCCUCAUAUCACCCAUGUGCCUUCUGUACAGCCUCAUAUCACCCAUGUGCCUUCUGUACAGCCUCAUAUCACCAACAUGCCUUCUGUACAGCCUCAUAUCACCCACAUGCCUUCUGGACAGCCUCAUAUCACCCACAUGCCUUCUGUACAGCCUCAUCUCACCCACAUGCCUUCUGUACAGACUCAUCUCACCCACAUGCCUUCUGGACAGCCUCAUAUCACCCACAUGCCUUCUGUACAGCCUCAUCUCACCCACAUGCCUUCUGGGCAGCCUCAUAUCACCCACAUGCAUUCUGUACAGCCAUAUAACAUCCAUAUGUCUUUUGGACAGCCUCGUAACACUCAUCUCUAUUCUGAACAGCCUUAUAGCAUCAAUUUGUAG